AUGGACAGCGGCGGCGUGCGGCCAUCGCUUCCGUCCGCGGCGGCGGCGGCGGGAGGAGCCUCCUGCCCGGACGAGCCUCGCGACGCGCGCGUGGUGCGGGAGCUCCUCCGGUCGAUGGGGCUCGGCGAGGGCGAGUACGAGCCGCGCGUCGUGCACCAGUUCCUGGACCUGGCCUACCGCUACGUCGGGGACGUGCUCGGCGACGCCCAGGUCUACGCCGACCACGCAGCCAAGCCCCAGCUCGACGCCGACGACGUCCGCCUCUCCAUCCAGGCCAAGGUCAACUUCUCCUUCUCCCAGCCGCCGCCACGCGAGGUUCUGCUUGAGUUGGCACGCAGCCGGAACAAGAUCCCGCUGCCCAAGUCUAUUGCUCCGCCUGGCUCGAUUCCUCUGCCACCUGAGCAGGACACUUUGUUGAGUGAAAACUACCAGCUCCUACCCGCACUGAAGCCACCAGCUCAGACUGAAGAGGCAGAAGAUGACAACGAGGGAGCCGACGCAAUCCCUGCCAAUCCUAGUCCAAACUAUUCACAGGAUCAGAGGGGCAGCGAGCAACAUCAGUCUCACAGCCAGAGCCAGAGCCAGAGCCAGAGGGUAUCUUUCCAACUGAACGCGGUGGCUGCUGCUGCUGCAAAGCGUCCUCUGGUGACAGUUGAUCAGUUGAACAUGGGCUAA